CUUGCGUCGCGGACUCGACAACACGUUCGCAGCGACACAGCACCGUGCAAGGCAGACAGUCCGUGUGUGCCUCUCUCUCGCGACUGUGGAGAGGCUCAGGAAAAAGGGAAAGAAAAUCAAACAAAUUCCGGACAGACCGAGAGCGCCCGUACAGCGAAUAGAUACAUACCGUCGUUGUCGUCGUCGUCACCAGGACAUACAGUGUGUGGGUUGGGACCGUGUCAUAAUCAUCAUCGCGGCCAGUACCGUACACUCCUGCAAGUGGAGAUAACCGUUCUUCUGUCCUCUGCGUUGGCCACUCUGUGGCCAAAGUGUGUGCUAGUGUACGGGAUUGAAGGAAAAAAAGGGUUCACUUUUUUACUAUUCCUGCGACAUCGCAGUGUGUGUUUUAGUUUCGUGUUGAAUUGUCAGCCAUCGAUAUCGCACACGGCCGUGUGUGCUGUGUGUGUUGUUCCUCCGUGUGGCCAACCAGUUGCUAUCGUGGGAGCGACCGGUGUGAUAAUAGUGCGGUGUGUGUGGAAACACAUACAUAUAGUGCGGCGAUAAGGCACAACCCCCUUUGGCCAGUGCGUAGCUAAAAGUGCUUUGCCUGAAGUUCACCCAAUGUGGUGAAUAAAAUCCUGAAGCAAAAGCUUCGUGUGCUUGUGUGUCUCCUGCGCUAAGUGACAAAAAGUGAAGCAACAAAUAGAACGUACAUUCCUUAGAAUCGUGGAAAAAAGAGCGAUCCUCCGACUCCCAUCCACCACCUCCCUGCUGCCCAUCAUUGCUCGAGGGUGUGUUGGGUGCGGUUUUGCCGUUCUCGAUCGAGACUGUGUGUGCGUGUUUGUGUGAGAUAGUGCGUGAUUUUUCUGUUCCGUGUCUCCUCCGCGCUGCGUGGUGGGGUAAGCGGCAGACUCGUGGCAGUUUCUGUGCGUUAUUUACUGGAUUUUUCAGUAGUAGUCGGGUCGAAAAUUUCCCGUUUCUCCAUUUUCCACACCCUCCCCGCGUCGUGACGUGAGAUUGAUCGAUCGGUCCAUUAAACCAUGAUAAUGGAUAUGACAUAAAGUGACGUCAUACUGUCAAAUAGCAACAACAGCAACAAAACCCACCCGUGUGUGUCGUGUCCUGUGUGCUGGAUGUCAGAAUCGUUCUUCCAACCACACAAACACGCUUCAUUCAUGCACAAUUAGCACACAGUCAUCACUACUGAUCUCUGCUGAUGGGGCCCACCACGAUGAUGCUGCCGUUCGCUCCUCCGUGUCGCAGUGGUGAGUGUUGCGUCGCCGUCGCUGUGUGUGCUACCGCUUAGUGUUGCGUUUCCACUGUGGAAAAAAACGCAAAGCGCCACUGAUUGUGCGGUGCUAGUAGAAGUAAAAAGAAACGGAAGGUCCAGUGUGUUGCGGCUGCUGCAAUAUUUAUACAUUUUUUGCGUGAAUUGCCUCAUAAAAAGAGGGCCAGUGCGUGCUGCGAAAGUGUGCGCUUUAGUAGUGUGCUGUUGUAUACCCACACACACACUAAAAACCGCGAAUGUGACGAGUGUGUGCUUGCGACGAAAGGCAACAUUCUUUCACACACCACACCGCCGAUUCUAGACGUGAGGAUCAUCCCUUGAGUGCGUUGUGUGUGCGUGUGUGUGUAUCUCUGCUGUGCUGUGAAAGAAAGAGCAUCCGUUGUCUCUUCCCUCCCCCUCCCAGCACAAGAGAAAAGUGUGUCGCGCCAGGCCCCUCACUCACAAGAAGCAAAAGAGGAAGAAAGGGUGUUCAAAUUUUUGGCGCGCUGAUUACUGCGAUUGAUUGUGAGAGGAAAGAAGAUUUUUGAUCGUGUGUGUGUGUCUGUUACUACGAGCACUACUAGUGUGUGUGUGUGUGUGUGUGUAGCGUGGUGGGAAAAGGAAAAACGAAACGUAUCGUAGUGUGGCGGGUUUUAUGUGUCAAAAGGGUGGAAGUGAAGUGAAGGAAAAGCACAAUUUAUUGGUGGGUGUGUUGUACUUGUCGGCGGUCGGCAGCUUAGAGAAGUUUCGCCGAAAGACGUGUUCAAAAAAAGAGCAAAGUGCGUGACACAAAGAAAAGCGCGUGUUUCGGGAAGCAUCUCGUCAGCAGCAGUAUCUCGAAGGAAUCACCGAACGAGGAACACCAAACCGUCAUCUCAGCCCCCCAAUCUCCUGUCGUCGCCGGUGUUAGAAAGUAUAGCCACCAAACCUACAACCGAACUGGAAAGACUGAAUCACCCUAAGUUCAAGCAGUAAAGCGAUAGUAACUUUUAUCUUGCCUUCUAAAACGUCUAAACGAGGAAAGAUAACGAAGGACGACGACUAGCAGAAGCAUCAACAACAACAGCGCCGGUAUCGGAGUACCCCGAUAAGAGCAACGGCUAUUUACGUCUCUGUUCCCAAGGGACCCCGAGAUAGAGAGGACACAGGAUUCCUUGCUUGACGGAAUACAAAACAAACAAAAAAAUCACAGUAAAAAUGACAUCCCAAAGAUUCUGCCUCCGGUGGAACAACCACCAAACCAACCUGCUCGCCGUGUUCGACCAGCUUUUGCACGAUGAAACUUUCAUCGAUGUAACGCUGGCCGUUGAAGGUCAGCACCUGAAAGCACACAAGAUGGUGCUGUCCGCCUGCAGUCCUUACUUCCAGCAGCUUUUCGUCAGCCAUCCCGAGAAGCACCCGAUCGUAAUCUUGCGCGAUGUACCGUUCAAAGACAUGAAGUGUCUGCUGGACUUUAUGUACCGCGGCGAGGUGUCGGUCGACCAGGAUCGGCUGGCCGCCUUUCUGCGCGUCGCGGAAAGCCUCCGGAUAAAGGGGCUCACCGAGGUGAACGACGACAAACCGAAUGCGCCCUCUGGCUCGGCGUCCGCAACAACAACCACCUCGGCCGGCUCGGCUGCCUCAAGCGGUGCGCAAGCGACGGGUGCCACCACCACUACCAACACAGUUCCAAGCGCGACAGUACAAAAGAACAGCAGCGGAAGCAGCGGCAUGGUGGCGCAAGUCGACGAUGACGAGGACGAUCGCUGCUCGCCCGUACCCAACAGUAUUGCGGUGGCGCAAAACGCAGCCAGCUCCGGCCAGGCGCAGGGCGGCCAUCUAAAGCCGCUACCCCCACUGCUCUCCUCCACCGGCAUCGUUACCCGCAGCCACAGCAACAGCUUGCUGCAGCAAGGUGGCAGUAACGCCGCCAGUGGCAGUGCGAUGGUGCAAACGAAUCCGCUGCUCGGUACUGCCCUCUCGCAACAGAAGCGCAAGCGCGGUCGUCCGCGAAAGCUGUCCGGAAGCGAUGCAGGCGAGGGUGAAACGGAGGGAAAUUUCGUCGGCGGCGGCGGUGCGCCCGGUGAAGAGUACGACAGCAGCUCGAUGGAUAUUAUGGAUGUGAAAAUUGCCAGCAGUGGCGCGUCCAACUCGGGCGACGACGACCAGCAGCUAAGAAUUGUGAGCAGCCGCACGGACGACGACGAUACCCUGAUGCACGAAAAGGCCGAACAGCUGGACGACGAGGACGACGAGGUAAUGGACGAUGAGGCGGACGAGCUGGUUGACGAUGUCGAUUUGGAGGCGGGCGACGAACCGCGGGGUACCUCGCCGUCACUGGACGAAUCGAUGGAAGAUACCACCGGCAACAUGGACGGCACGACCAACAACAAUGGCAACACGAAUCGAUCCGGCAGGCAGCAUCAGAAGCAGGGCACCGCGGCAGCCAAGCCAUCGCGAGCGUCCAAGCGCAGCCGAACGCGGAACAACGAAAACAGCUUAUCCGAUUCGAAAGAUUCAUUUGCUGAGGAUGAUAAAUGCAACAAACUGGACGGCACGGGUGCCGGCGAAGAGGAGGACGACAUUGAGGAUGAUCAGUAUGAUGGACGCGAACUCAAUUCGAGCCUAAUGGAGCCGCAGCUGCUGCUGGACGAGUAUGACGAACCGGUCGAGUUUAAGUUCGAUCCACGCACCGACAGCGGAGCCGUCGAUUCAACCUCCAACAGCAACUAUCUACCGCCCUUGCAGCCGAAACCGGGUCUAAAGAUUGCUAGUACCAGCGGCGGAGCGCGUAUGCCUCAAAUCUCGGUCGUACCAACGACGGCACUCCAAAUACCGAAGCUGGCACCCCUCACGGCAUCCGGCGGCGGUACCAGCAGUUUCCUUGGCGGUGGAUCAAACAACAAAUCCUCGGUAAAGCUGCACAAACGCGCCCGGCUAAUGACACCAAAGAAACCGAACGGCAUGACCACCACGCAAACGAUACUGAACAAUCUGAACAACAACCUGAACGAAAGCUUGAUCUCAACCUCGAACACCGCCAGCGGCGGUUCGUCAUUGUGCAUCACGGGCAUCGGCUCCGAGAUGUACGACAUGUUUUCCGGCAGCGUGCUCCGAUCGUCGAGCCCGCGCUCGAACUCGAACUCACCCUCGGUGAAGGGCGGCAGCGGCAACGACAGUGGCUCACGCACGCACAAGUACGCCGUGAUUGACGAUACCGAGGGCAGCGUGCGCGAUUUCUGUACCAAAGAGGGUGACCACGUGUACCGGUGCAAAGUGUGCGCCCGCGUGUACACACACAUCAGCAACUUCUGCCGGCAUUAUGUGACCUCGCACAAGCGCAACGUGAAGGUCUAUCCCUGCCCGUUCUGUCUGAAAGAGUUCACGCGCAAGGACAACAUGACGGCGCACGUGAAGAUCAUCCACAAGCAGGAGUACGCGCAGCAGCAAACGACAGGAGUCGGGCCGGGCGGCACUUCGCCCGCCAGCGGCGGUGGAAGCAACUCCCGGGGCGAGGAAUCGUUCAGUGCCACCCUAGUGGGUGGGCGGAACGAUUCGACCAACGGUGGCAGCUCCCUCACGACGGCCUCGAUCAUUAACGCGGUCGGACUGCAGCCGAAGCUCGGCACGAACAGCGGCGGUACGGGCGCUAUACGGAUCAUGUAUCCCUUUCCCGGGAGUGGCCAAGCCUCGCCGGCGGCUGCAGCCACAACAGCAGGAUCAGCCGGCAGUGGCACGGUCGGGACGAUUACCAUCAAGAAAGAAUUUCAAGAGAAGUCAUCGUCCUCAUCAGGUGCCAAUUCUCCGACCGGUUCGGUUUCGUCCAGCUCCAGCGGUCUCGCUGCGCAACCGGCCACCGCAACCGUCAGCCAGUAGUAGGAAACACCGGAAAGGUUAAGCAAUUCCACCACACACCGUUCAACUGUUGUCCCCCUUCCCCGGUUUCCACAGCGCGACAAAAAGGACCAACCACAGAUGAUAGAGGCUAGUAAUUGGUAGGGAAAAUGAAGCAAACUGCUGCAGGCUUUUGGUUUGCCCGUCAUAUAUGGGACUGUCCCUCCUUUUUGCGACAAAAUGCAGAGAACUGCAUGAUCGGUAGGCUAGCCCAUACAAGAGCUAGAAAAAUCAUUCCUUCAAAAGGGUAUUUUGUAGUUUUAUAAUAUCGUGGAACUCUCCCCCUAAAACCUGAACAAGACAACAACAAACAUGUUGGGGUGCGAGUUCUUCCUUUUUUUAACAAGCAGGUCUUUGUACUGGUUUUUUUUAAAUAGUUGUUUUAAGCUUGAGUGUGACGCUGUUGCUCUAAGUGUCUAAUCAAAAAUCGCACACUAAUUGCUGCGUUAAGUGAGUAACCGUCAAAAAUGAUGGUGUUACUAAGGUGUGCUGUGUGUGGUUCGGUGUAUGCGCGUCCAAAAUCGACAGCCCACUUCUUUCCCCACUCUACAUAUAAAAUCGACCAAAAGUUUGGCCCCUAGCAACGGGCUGGCCCAAUACACACACCCCCUUCGAUGGAUUCUCCGUUAGUUUGUCUACUACUUUAUAUAUGUAUUGUAUGCGCGUAUUUAGUGUUGUAAUGUAUUUUUAAAUUAAUGUUUGUAAAAUUUUUGUUUGCAAAGAUAAUUGUGUACCCGUUUGUUUUAUUAAACCUCCCUCCCGGUGCGCUUGGUUCCGAGGCAUCUCCUACUCCUCCCGUCGGGGAGGGGGUCAUAUACAACGGCACAAAACAACAAUUGCUUCACUAAUGUCUUCCCCAAAAACAACAAAUGCAAUCGAAACGACGAAAUGCUGUGCUUCAGCUGGUUGGAGACGAUCAAUCGAUCGUACCAGUCAUUGAUGCGCAGCCGUUUUUGAAUUGUAGCAAAGUACCAUCUAAAUAAUAGUACUACGAUCAUGAGCUGUGUUGCCGCAAAGCGCAUGUGGUGCAAAGAGAAAGCAACAUACACUAAUUCGCAUUUCCUUUCGGUGUCUCGUGUCGUGUGUUUGUGUGCAUUCGGCACUCCGCUUGGAAACACGAAACACAUAUUGUAUAACUCAUAUUUAGGAAAAACAAACCAUGAAAAUGUAGGGAAUGCGGAAACAGCAUGCAUCCACUGUACAUUAUUAUUUAAUAGCAGGAUUGUUAUUUGUUUUGUGUUCUUCUUUUAAACACAGAAUCAGCCCAAAGAAUGAUUCGAUUUGUUUCCUUUUUUUUUUGUUAAUUAUUUUUAUAGCAAUUUUUUAUUUUUCUAAAUUUAUACAUACAUAUUGGUGGGUGUGUAGGUACGACAUAGCGGCAAUGGCAUUGCGGUUUGGUUUUGAAUCAUUUCAAAUAUUUCAUAACAAGCUGUAGCUGUUAUUGUCCGUCAAAUGGUUUUAAAACAACAACCAAGUUAUGAGGUUUUUGUUUGAUGUGUUACCUUAACAAAUUUUAUGUUUAAAAUUACAAUCUGUCUUUGUUAUUGCAUUGGUCUCAGCUUGGUUUGUAUUAUUUUUAUGUUAUUUAAACUUAAAGGGCGCGUGAGAAAGCACACCAUCGUAUUGAUUCAGAACAACAUAUGUAUGAAGGGCAUUAAUGUAUGCAGAAUUGUAUUUAAGAAAAUGUAUGGGACAAUGAAUUCACUUCUCUUACUACUAUAGACCGCUGUCUUUUUUACCAUCCAACUGAGAUGUGUGCAUCAAAAUAUUGGAAAUGAAACAAAUUUUAAGCUGAAUUGUUUUAGAGGUGGUUUAGAAGAGAACAAUCAAUAACCAAACUAAACCAACAUUGACCGUUAAAUGUUGCAUUCGUCCCACAUAUGUUUAAUAGAUGUAUAAAACGAAAAAGGCUGAGAUAGUAAUUGUAGUUCGUAAUCUUAAGCAGCGUCGUAACGCACUUGCGCGUGGUUAUGUUGUCCCAGAGCUGGGUGGAACAUUUUAAUUUGCGCUCCUGCGCUUCUUCAACCAGAAUCAUCAUUGUGCGCUUAGUGCGCCUUCACCAGCCACCACACACAGACACACCGAUUCACACAAACUAGCCUGCUGCAGGUUGAAUAAAUGUAACCCUUUUGGCUAUUGCACGAUAAUGCCGCGAAGAAGAGUGUAAUAUUAACACGUAAAUAAAAAGAGACUAAUUUGUUUGUUAUGUAAGCAUCAAUAUAGAAGGACAGCAGGGACGAAGGUUGGGUGAUCUUAAGGGGGAAGGUCGAUAAUGUUAGCUUUGUAAUUAGUGUGAGUAGUAUUUAUGCAAAAAGAUAAUCAUAUCCUUAGCUACUAUUAUCAACAGCACCGUAGUUUUUUGUUUUAAAUAUUUGUUUCUGACGAAAUGGUUCCAUUUUUCCAAAACCUGCUCGAGCCGAAUAACUGUCCAAGGAGAAGUAAAUUGCAUGUUCGAUGAAACUUGCCACCGGGGCAUAAACAUUUAUCUCAUGAGGCGAGCGAUGCUAAAAGAACAGAAGACGAAGAGGAACAAUCGAUGAAGAGAGGGACGCGCGUGCAUUUUAUGAUAGUGAAUAAUAUAGUUUGUUUUGUUUGUUUUUCAUUUUGUGUAUCAAGCAUUUUGCCACCCAUAAGGCACACUUGGGUUUUGAUGGGUGUUGCAGUAGGAAAAUUAUGAACCACGAGCAAACGAUCGAGCUGUAGCAACACACUGCAAUACAUGUUCUAGUUUUAUGAGUUACUUACGCUCGCACUAUUGUACUAAAAGUAAAGCAUAAUAAUUUGCAAAUUAAUCUCUAUUUAGCGACGCAUUGCCUACGGUAAUGCGGUUCACAAACGAACGCACCUGGAACAGUAGCUAGGUAAAGAUUGAACUCUGCAAUAAACACUUGUUUAAUCUUACUAUCUUUCCGUGCACAGAUAUUCCCUUCGCAAAUCCAAUAGUUAGUGCAAUUUUAACGUAUUAAGUACUUCGUUAUAUUACUCUGAGAAUCUGGCACAUCCCCAAAUGAAAGCAUUGUGGAACAGAAGCUAUCCGAUAUUCCGUUCGUUACUUGCCGCGAGUAGAUGUACAUACAGAAAGGGAGUUUGAACAGAGAAAACUAAAUUCAAAAACGUAUCUGUAAACAAUGGACAGAAAGAUGAACUUUUUUUGGUGCAGCGAGGAGAGCAGAACGAAGCAAACCAAGUUUACCAACUUUUUGUCCUAAAAAAUAAUAAAUCCGCAUUUACACUAAAUUCUAGUUUACUUUUCUCGACGUUAUAUUAAACAUGCAUUGAAAAAGGCAUACAAAUAUCACGGAAAACGGGCAUAAAAAGGCAAAAAGAACGCAUAGGGUCGUUAGUUUUAGUAAAACUAAUAGUUAUAUCUAAGAACAGAAUCACCAAAUAAGAUAAAUAAAUGAUAAUAAACGCACACACGUAUUAAAAGUAA